AUGUCAGUUACACCAAUUGUGAACAGAGGAACACCCAGUAUGUCAGUUACACCAACUGUGAACAGAGGAACACUCAGUAUGUCAGUGACACUGACUGUGGACAGCAGAACAAUCAGUAUGUCUAUGGCACCAACUGUGAACAGAGGAACACCCAGCAUGUCAGUUACACCAACUGUGAACAGAGGAACACCCAGUAUGUCAGUGGCAUCAACUGUGAACAGAGGAACACUCAGUAUGUCAGUGGGACCCACUGUUAACAGAGGAACACUCAAUAUGUCAGUGGCAUCAACUGUUAACAGAGGAACACUCACUAUAUCAGUGGCACCAACUGCGAACAGAGGAACACCCAGUAUGUCAGUUACACCAACUGUGAACACAGGAACACUCAGUAUGUCAGUGGCACCAACUGUGAACAGAGGAACACCCAGUAUGUCAGUUACACCAACUGUGAACAGAGGAACACCCAGUAUGUCAGUUACACCAACUGUGAACAGAGGAACACCCAGUAUGUCAGUUACACCAACUGUGAAUAGAGGAACACCCAGUAUGUCAGUGGAACCCACUGUUAACAGAGGAACACUCAGUAUGUCAGUGGCACCCACUGUUAACAUGAGAACACCCAGUAUAUCAGUGACACCCACUGUUAACAGGGGAACACUCAGUAAGCCAGUGACACCCACUGUUAACAUGAGAACACUCAGUAUGUCAGUGGCAUCAACUGUGAACAGAGGAACACUCAGUAUGUCAGGGGCACCAACUGUGAACAGAGGCAAACUCAGUAUAUCAGUGACACUCACUGUUAACAGAUGA